AUGUCACUGCACUGCCAGGCAUUGGCUCAGGUUCUGAAGCAGAACCGUAGCAUUACGCUCAUCGACCUUCUGGAGAACGAAAUCUGCGAUGCUGGCGCAGAGGCGCUGGCCGAGGCGGUGCAGGAGAACGACACAAUCCAUAGCAUCAUCCUUUUUGGAAAUCCCUGCGCCGGGAGCCAGGCCUUUCGGCGAAUUCAUGCACGUUGCAGUUCAAACUACCAAGCUGCCGUGCAGGCAAAGGCAGCUGCUGCAGUUAAGGCAGUUGUAGAAGAUCUGAAGACCGACGGAGCCAAGAGGGAGAUUGAUCUUCAGGGUCGAUGCAUCGAGGAUGCCCAAGUCCAGGUGCUCUCAGAAGAGCUCAAGAUCAAGCUUAGUAUCACCCACAUCGACCUCAGCAAGAAUCGAAUUAAAGAUGCCGGGGCGGAGGCGUUGGCACAGGUGCUGAAGGAGAACCGCAGCAUCACGUCCAUCGAUCUGGGCGAAAAUCCCAUCGGCCAGGUCGGCGCCCAGGCGCUGGCCGAGGCCGUGCAGGAGAACGACGCCCUUCUGCGCCUCCACCUGGGCCCCCUGACCGAGUCGGACGGACGGGAGGUUGGUCCCUGGACCGAGGCGCUGGAGCGAAUUGAGGAGCGUUGCAGGGCCAAUCGAGAGGCAAAGGCAGCUGGAGUUGAGGAUGGAUGA